CACACUGGAUUUCUCUGCUGAGCUGCUGACAUCACUGGGUAAAAAGUUUGGACUCAGCCGGCCCCUCUACUCUUCGGUGGCAAAGGGGAGGCCCCAAACGUGUCUCUUGCUGGUGGAUCCCUUCCUCUUGUGGGAGGGGGAAGUGCAAGCUAUCCAACCAGAACUUGUCUUCUUCCCCGCAUGCUUGAUUACCUCCCUCCUCCCUGCUUACAGCAUGAAAAUCCACCACAAAGGAGCUGAACUUCAAAUAGGGCUGAUUCAACUCGGCUUGAAAUGAUGGAUUGAACGCUUCAGGACUGAAACACAGAAAACCCGGGAGUUCCUGAAAAGCAAGCCGCUGCUGCAGCCUAUUGUCCCACCGUGUCUAUAGCAUGAGGGCCGCCCGGCUCAGAGUCAGCAAUCGAGUUAAAGGGACGGGAGUUUAAACAGUAAGGAAAUCACAGCACCGCAGUAGCCUUAUGUGGUUGUCCUUGCAAGACCAGUGCCAAAUGCACGGACUUUUCCAUGUUACAGAAGCCAGGCAGCACUCAAGGCAGAUGAAUAUAUUCAUCCUGGUAUCAGUGAUGUCACAAAUGCUGUGGAUGAGCCAGUCAGUGUAUCUUUGAUUAUUAUUAUUAUUAUUUAAAAAAAAAUCAAGCCUGAAGGUUGAAGAAAGAAGUCCAACAGAAGCAGGAUCAACAAGUUCAUUCAUACAAAACUCUUCAAGAAUAAAAGGAUCAUGAAGGCAGUUCUCGGAUUGUUGCUAAUGGCUGCUGUGGGACUGCGUGCCAGCAAGACACAAGAUGUGCAAACCGGUGACGAAGGAGAGGAGCAAGAAUUCAUUUAUACAAACAGGUAUAAACGCUCCACCGACACGCAAGAUAAGUGCACCUAUACCUUCAUAGUACCUCAGCAGAAAGUGACAGGUGCCAUUUGUGUUAAUUCUAAAGAACCUGAGGUUGUACUUGAAAACAGGGUAAAUAAACAGGAACUCGAACUGCUGAAUAAUGAACUCUUAAAGCAAAAGAGGCAAAUAGAAACUCUUCAGCAGCUGGUGGAGGUGGACGGAGGAAUUGUGAACGAGGUGAAGCUCUUACGAAAAGAGAGCCGGAACAUGAACUCGCGGGUCACGCAACUGUACAUGCAGCUGCUGCAUGAAAUCAUCCGAAAGCGGGACAACGCUUUAGAACUUUCCCAAUUGGAAAAUAAGAUACUGAAUCAAACGGCUGACAUGUUGCAGCUUGCAAACAAAUACAAAGACCUAGAACACAAGUAUCAACAUUUGGUAUCCAUCGCAAACAAUCAGUCUAUCAUCAUUGCUCAGCUGGAGGAGCACUGCCAAAGAACACCGUCCACUAAACCUGUCCUCCAACCGCCCCAGCCACCAAACCGGGUCUACCAACCUCCCACGUACAAUCGUAUCAUUAACCAAAUCUCUACCAACGAGAUUCAGAGUGACCAGAAUUUAAAGGUUCUGCCACCCACUCUCCCAACGGUGCCACCGCUCACCAGUAUUCCAACUUCCACGGACAAACCGUCAGGUCCUUGGAGAGACUGCCUGCAAGCUUUGGAAGAUGGCCAUGACACCAGCUCCAUCUACCUUGUCAAACCUGAAAAUACGAACCGGUUGAUGCAAGUCUGGUGUGAUCAAAGACACGAUCCUGGUGGCUGGACGGUCAUCCAGAGACGUUUGGACGGAUCGGUCAACUUUUUCAGGAACUGGGAGACUUACAAGCAAGGAUUCGGUAACAUUGAUGGAGAGUACUGGUUAGGCUUAGAAAACAUUUAUUGGCUGACAAAUCAAGGAAACUACAAACUGCUGAUAACCAUGGAAGAUUGGUCAGGCCGGAAAGUGUUCGCUGAAUACGCGAGUUUCCGCGUGGAGCCAGAAAGCGAGUACUAUAAGCUGCGACUGGGCCGAUAUAAUGGUAACGCUGGAGAUUCUUUCACAUGGCAUAAUGGGAAACAGUUUACUACACUGGACAGAGAUCACGAUGCAUACACAGGUAACUGUGCUCACUAUCAAAAAGGAGGAUGGUGGUACAACGCAUGUGCACACUCAAACCUCAAUGGUGUCUGGUACCGAGGAGGACACUACCGAAGUCGUUAUCAAGACGGUGUCUAUUGGGCUGAAUUCCGGGGGGGUUCAUAUUCCUUGAAGAAAGUUGUCAUGAUGAUCAGACCUAACCCCAACACAUUCCACUGAAAGACCAUGGUUGUCUCAUCAGAUUGAACAAAGAAGCAGCAACAGCUGCAUGUGUGAUCCAGAACAGUUGUUUCAGCAGCAAAGAAUGUAUCAUACUGUACAUUGAUUGCUCUUAAUUGGAGGACUUGUACAUUGUAUUUUUCAAAAAUGGUUCCAGAACUGAAAGAACAAGAAGCAUUUCAGAAUGCCACUUUUUUGCACCAAAAGACCUUCCUUCUUUCCUUCCUUCCUUUUGGAGUUACCAGCUAAAAUGGACUGUGGAAAAAUGAGAUGCUAAGAAUACUGCCACAUCAUAUAAAUAUUUUUGUACGUUAUAUAUAUAUAUAUAUAUAUUCUCAAAUACUGAACAUAUUCAAAACUGUACAGUGAGACUUUUUUAAUAAUAAUAAAUUCAUUUGACACAGGAAAGUAUAUCCUUUGAAAGUAUGUAGUCAGGACAGAUAAUGUUUAGAGCCCCCUUGCUUAAUUUAAUCUCUGAUCGCUAUUGAGAAGACUUAGGCCAGAAACAGACAUUAGAGAUACUCCAUGACUGGAAGAGGGGAAACUCUUUACUAAUGUGAGCAUCUGAGUGUCUCAGCAGAAGCUUCUCCCACCAUUGCCAUUACACAAAUUAACUUGUUUCAUUUGGUGACUGGUCUUCAGGCCUUAAGCACAGGAUUCCUCUGAGCUCCGAUUUCACAAACAUGGAAAGACAGCCUUGGUUACCUCCGCAACAUUAACAUAUUUUCAGCUCUAAUUACAAGCUGUCACUAGUGUCUGCUAUUGAUCUUAGUGUCUGUUGGAAAGUGACCACAAGCAGAACCCUGUUUUCCACGAGGAGCAAGGCAUUAUUAGAAUGAGAUAUCAUUUCAUAUGAGACCAACCAACAGUCCUGAUAGAUACCUCCACUGCUGUCUACAUCUGUUAACACACCAGCCGAUCUGGGUUUUACAUGUUCAAUGCACAUUCUGUAACUGACACAAAUACCCAUCUUCACAUAAACGAUAGCUUAAGAGUUAUUUUGGCAUUACCUUCUCCACUGUCACUGCAACAACAAAAAGAGCUAUCCAACUUUUGCAGGCAAAUGAUGGAUACAGAUACAGAACUUAUUUAAAAUACCUGUAGCCACUAGAUUGUGAUCUUUGGGAGAGAGACUAUCUGGAAACCAGAGCUAUACUUGUUGUAUUUCACUAUUAUUGCCAAAUACCAUUAUAAAAGAGAAUUAUACAAUCAUAUUUAUAAAUAACUCCCACUGCAGAAACUUGAAUUCCUGAAUUCUAGUAUUCUGCUGAGGUAAAUUUCCAGAAUAGAUUAUUUUAGCACAUUAUAAGAACAGUGAAAACCAUAAAUUUUUAAACUUUUAUUACCUCAGUAUUUUUUUUCCUAAUGUACAAUGUGCAUUAAUGUUUUAGAGUCUGAUGUAGCAUGUCUUGUAUAUAAAUAAAAGUAGGGGUUUUAAUAUAUUAUCAGAUUACUCUUAUAAUAAUGCAAAAAUGUAA